AUGGAUACUGUAGCAACCACUGCAUUGAUCAUCAUGUUGGCAUGCGCAGUCAUGCAUGCUAUUCGUUCACUGCAUGCAAAAAGCAGAAAGCUUCCACCAGGACCAUCCCUUCUCACCAUCGUCAAAAACUCUCUUCAACUGUACAAGAAGCCACAGCAGACAAUGGCCGAGUUUGCCAAAAUCUAUGGCCCCAUAAUGCGUUUCACGAUAGGCCAAUCAACCACCAUAGUAAUUUCUUCAACAAACGCAGCCAAAGAGAUUCUCCAAACCUAUGACACGUUAUUCUCUGACAGAACAAACCCCGACAUCACCACAUCGUACAACCAUAACCAUUACAGCAUAGUCUUUCUCCCUGUCUCACCCCUUUGGCAAGAACUGAGAAAAAUUUGUCACGGAAACUUGUUUUCCGUCAAAACCCUUGACGCAAGCCAAGACCUUAGACGCAAGAAACUGCAGGAACUGCUGAGUGAUAUCCGCCAAAAAAGCCUUGAGGGCCAAGUGGUGGAUAUUGGGAGAGCAGCAUUCAUGGCUUGCAUUAACUUUUUGUCAUAUACUUUUGUGUCCCAGGAUUUUGUUCCAUCUGUAGGUAAUGGUGAGUACAAACACAUUGUGGGGACUCUCUUGAAAGCCACAGGGACACCGAAUUUGGUGGAUUACUUCCCCUUGUUGAGGUUUUUUGAUCCACAAGGCAUUAGAAGACACACCACCAAUUACAUAGAUAAGUUGUUUGAUGUGUUGGACCCCUUGAUCGAUGAAAGGAUGAAGAUGAGGCAAGAGAAGAAUUAUGUCACUAACCAUGACAUGCUUGAUAUCUUGCUUGAUAUUUCUCAGCAGAGUAGCGAGAAGAUACAUAGAAAACAGAUCAAACAUUUAUUCCUCGAUCUACUGGUUGCGGGGACUGAUACAACGGCGUACGGCUUAGAACGGACAAUGACGGAGCUAAUGCACAACCCGGAGGCGAUGCGGAAGGCGAAGAAGGAGUUGGCGGAAACCAUCGGAGUGGGGAACCCGGUGGAGGAGUCCGACGUGGCAAGGCUUCCGUAUUUACAAGCGGUGAUAAAGGAGAGUCUCCGCAUGCACCCGCCGGCACCGCUUCUGCUGCCGCGAAAGGCCAAAACAGACGUGGAAGUGGGCGGCUUCACGAUCCCGCAGGGUGCUCAGGUGCUGAUCAACGAGUGGGCCAUAGGGAGGAGCCCAGACGUGUGGGAGGAGGCGCAGGUGUUCUCGCCGGAGAGAUUCUUGGACUCUGACAUCGACGUCAAGGGUCGGCACUUUAAGCUGACACCCUUCGGCAGUGGGCGACGCAUCUGCCCUGGCUCUCCACUCGCCGUUAGAAUGUUGCAUCUCAUGCUCGGCUCUCUCAUCAACUCCUUUGACUGGAAACUCGAACACAACAUGGAGCCUAAGGAUAUGGAUUUGGAUCAAUCGCUUAGGGCCAUUCCUGUUCUCGUUUAA